GACACCGGUUCAAACGAAAUGCCGACAGUUUUAUGUCGUAAAAGUCUUUGAGGGAAAUUAUUUAAAGAUUUUUGAUAUAUUUAAGAAUUAAGAUGUCUAAAAAUGUUUUCUUUAGACCAUUGAUAACCGAAUAUUGACUGAAUUAUUUAAAUAUAAUUAUUGUUGUAUGAAUUGCUUUUUGACAUCAAUUCUUGUGAAUUUCGAUUCUUUCCACGUGUUUCGUCAAAACGGAAAAUUCCUUUUGUUGUAAUUCUCUUUUAUUCCGAGAGUUUCUUCUUCAUCUGAACACUUUCACACUAUAAAUUAAAACGAAUUGUUUUGUUUAUUGUCCUGAAUAACUUUAAAAGCUUCUUUUAAACGAUGUCUGCAACUGGGACCUCAACACUUUGGAUGGGAGAUCUGGAACCAUAUAUGGAUGAAGGCUUCAUCACUCAGGCUUUUAGUUAUUUUGGGGAAACAGUUGUCAGUGUGAAGAUCAUACGGAAUAAACAGACUGGAGUGCCUGCUGGUUACUGUUUUGUUGAACUUUCUUCUCCAGAGAUGGCACACCGAGCCAUGUUAAGACUGAACGGCAAGAUUGUGCCUAACAGUAUCCCUCCAAAACGCUUUAAAUUAAACAGAGCUAGUUAUGGAAAAGAACAUUUAUCAACUCCGGAAUACUCCUUGUUUGUUGGAGACCUCUCUGAUGAUGUUGAUGACUAUGAAUUGUACAGUGCUUUCUCAAAAUGCUUCCGUUCCUGCAGUGCUGCUAAAGUGGUGCUUGACAAUUAUGGUCGCAGUAAAGGCUACGGCUUUGUCCGGUUUACGGAUGAAAGUGAGCAGCAGAAGGCAAUGUUUGAGAUGCAGCAUGUGUCCAUUGGCCGGAGACCAAUCCGGGUUAGUUUAGCUACACCUAAAAGGCCCCCCCCUCCUGAUGUUCCUGGAACCCAGAGUGCCCAGCAAUACAGUCAGUAUUAUCAACAAUACCAACAAUAUCAAUAUUACCAGAGCUGGUCAGCUUAUUCCCAGUAUUACAGCCAGUUUGGUUACCCUUAUGCUGGUGGUUACACCACAGAUCAUGUACAGGAUUAUUAUGAUCAAGGCACAGAUGAAGAAAUGGAGAUGCUGGAAGACCCCAUCCUUGAAAUCGAUGUCGACAAAGUCAAUGCGGAAUUCAUUGAACAGAGUGAAGAAAUAUUUGAGGCCCUUGAUGAUUCCCGUUGGCAACCAAUAGACAACGUGAUGACAACACUGAGCCAGGUUGCUACAGCUGUCCUUUCUCCAUCACCUCCUUCACCUACAAGUGAUGCUGUUGCUGCUGCUGCUGCUGCUACGGUUGCUGCUGUUGCUGCUCCAAUCAUUGCCUGAAGAAUCAAUGGGUUUCCUGUCUUCUGAACUGACCAAUGUCUGAGGAAUUCAAAUAGAUUUCCUCUCUUCAAAACUGAGCACUGCCUGACAGUUGCCUGAGGGAUGACCAGUCUCUCACCAUUUCUUGAGGAACCAAGUAAAUUCCCUCUCUCCCCACCUGUUCUUUUUAAGUAUCUUGUUCAGUACUUGGACCAUUGCUUUACCAAAGAAAGAGAGUUUGUUGUCCCUUCUCAAUUGACCAGUUGUCUCUAAGUGGAAAGAC